CGCUACAGUCGGAAAGCGCACGUUAAAUCUCCUAUAUCAGUCAGUCGAGUCAGAUCAGUCAUCUGAUGAUGUAUUGUGUGUUGAGGAUGAGAGCGACCGGCGUUCUACUUCUGGCGUUAGUAGCUAUUCAAAGCUACACGCCUGUGGAUGCCCAUCGAUAUGGCCAUCGAUACUUCAAUAGGUAUUUCAGGCCUCAUCGACGCUGUGUACUUCAAACAGUGAACGCUGUGUGCAGAGUGGCCGCAGACCCCGGAAUCACAGACCCAGUGAGCGGGACGAUACGCCUGUCACAAACACUUAACUAUUGUACACAACGACUUUCGCCUCUUACAAUUGACCUUGACCUCCAAGGAUUCUCGACAACCGACACCGUGGUUCUUCACGGCUUCCACGCCCAUGCACUCGGAGACCUCAGUAAUGGCUGCGCAAGCCUUGGGGGACACUUCAACCCGUUUGGAACUAAUCAUGGCGAUCGUACCUCCCCAGUAAGACAUGCUGGUGACUUCGGAAACAUCAUGGAACAAGCUGAUGGCACUGUUAAUACAACCAUUACUGAUACGGUAGCGAGGCUGUUCGGGACGAACUCACUCAUCGGCAGGAGCCUUGUGAUCCAUGCAGGAACUGAUGACCUUGGCCUUGGUGGUAACGCCGGAAGUGUGGCUAGCGGCAAUUCAGGACCAAGAGUAGGAUGCUGUGUCAUUGGUCGGGGGCAGAACCCACCGCGCACGGUGGUGUGGGGAAAGUAAUAUAUGGUCAAGUAUCAUAUUUUCGAUGCAAAAUAUGCGAAUCACUGUAUAGGCCUGUGGCUAUGUAUACAAUAAACUUGAU